AUGCUAGAUGGAAGGAAAGGGACCAUGCAAGGUGUGCAGCGAAUUCCUUCUCCAUUCUCAUCAUGUACGUCGCGCCCUGCGGCCAGUCUCCAGGUAAGAAUGGCGAAGUUGACUUUAGGAAAAACAAGCGACAUUCGUGACAAGAACCUGGUCCAUCUACACAGCAACCACAGCAGCAGAGCAGGGGCCACAUCGCAGCUUUCAAGAAUGGGCUUUUUCGUCGAUAACCCUUUAAUCGAGUUUUUCCACAGGAUAGUGCGCAAACCGAGCACUAUCAUGAUGUGGCUAUUCACAUCUGUGAUAGUCGCAAGCACAACGUAUCUGAUGUUUCUGCCGGGAGCCAAGCAGCAGCCCCGCCCUCCCAGCCAGGAUGACAACAUGUAG